AUGAGUCCCAAUCACAAUUCUUUAAAGUCACAAACAUAUCUCGGCAGCAAAUGGAUCGUACCUUCUACAAAUAUUCGCUCCAUGGCGUUGUUGAGUGACACCCGUACGGAUCACGUAACUCACGGUCGGUCUUUGAGCGAAGCUUUAGGGGUAUAUUGCAAGUUCAUGCGUUUCCACGCUUUGACUCCGAUAGUCAUAUUCUGUUACCCUGCGAUGUGGAGUGCCUGCAUGGCCCUCCCAUCAACGUUCGGUAUCGAGGAAGUGAGGAAGAUGGCAUUGUUUUGCCUUGGGGCAUUCUUUGCGAGGACAGCCGGUUGUUGCGUGAACGAUAUGGCCGAUCGAAAUAUAGACAAGCAUGUGGAACGAACGAAAAUACGUCCAAUGGCAGCCGGACUUAUUUCUACGAAGGAAGCCUUAGGCUUGUUAGCUGUCAACGCUUCACUGAGCCUUCUUGUACUCAUGCAAUUCGACCUUGAAACCAUACGCCUUGGUAUAUUGACUGCACUUGGAGGGUGCUUAUACCCCUUUAUGAAACGCAUUACGAACUAUCCUCAGGUUUUUCUUGGACUGGCCUCCAAUUUGAGCGUUUAUAUCGCAUGGUCCGCACUUGCGCCUUCGUUUACCUUGGCUCCAGUUUUUCUUCAUCUCGCAUCAACAUUUUGGACGGUCAUUUACGACACUGUCUACGCCCACCAAGAUAAGAAAUACGACCAGAUGAUCGGUGUAAAAUCGAUGGCAAUUCGCUGGGGGGACAACACCAAGAGGAACGCCAAAGUAUGCGCCGCGGCCAUCUCACUCUUGCUUGGGGCAGCGGGGUACACCGCCAACUUAAACGACUGGUUUUAUGCCUUUGUCGCACUGUCACACCUUUGGAUGUCUCAUCAAAUCAACAUUGUUGACUUAAAAGACAGUGCGAGUUGUUUGAGGUUUUUCAAGCGUUCAGUGAUUUACGGUGCACUGGUUCUUGCUGGUGUAUUAGGAGGAAGAGAUAUCUCUUUCAAAUUGGAUUGA